AUGAAUUCACCCUUUCGCCCACUCCUGCGCUCGGUCGCCGUCCGAAACAGCCCGCUCGCCUUUCGUCGCCCGCUGCCCAUCGCCCGCCCUGCGAUUCUCAAGUUCGGCCUCACCCCCACCUUGCUCCCCGCACGCACCGUAGCCAGCUCGGUGUCCAUGAGACCAGGCAGCCAGACACUCGACCAUGCGGCCACCAACGUCAAAGAAGAGCUUGGAAAUUCGGCCUCCGAUCUCGCGAAGGUCAUCGCUGCUGCCAACGUCACCUCUGACGCGGUCGCUGAUUCGAACGCUACUUUUCUUGGUAUCACCUACAAGGUCGCUUCGGAGGUCCCCCAACCUAUCUUCCUGCUCGGACUAGCCGGUGGUUUGCCGUAUCUCGGCGCUUCAGCCACUACGGUUUAUUUGGCACAUCAAGCCCAGCUCGCCACGACCGGACAGGCGAUAGGAAUGGACCCCGGCGUCGCGCUCACUAUUCUCGACCAGGCACUCAACCUCCAAGUGACCUACGGCGCGGUGAUGUUGUCCUUCUUAGGCGCCUUGCACUGGGGAAUGGAAAUCGCCGGUUAUGGCGGACACAAGGGUUACGCUCGCCUCGCGCUCGGCACCGCGCCGAUGCUUGUCGCGUGGCCGACGUUGGGAAUGCAGCCCAUGAUGGCGCUGUGCCUCCAGUGGCUUGGGUAUACCGGCCUUUGGUAUGCAGACUCUAAGGCUACCAUGGCGGGAUGGACACCGAAAUGGUAUUCUCAAUACAGGUUUUACCUCUCCAUCCUCGUCGGUACCUGCAUUAUUGGCUCUUUGGCCGGAACCUCCUACUACGGCCCUGUGGCGGGUCAUGGACUCCUGUCGCACGACCUUGACCUGAUUCGCUCCGAGCGGGAGAAGACGAUGCCCAUCCAGCGCGGAAUUAUUGAAGGACCAAUCGAAGCUGUCCCUGCCCAACUCGAGGACGACCAUUUCGUCAGAAUCCACAAGCGGGAUGUCCAGAAGGAAAAUGCUGAAAAUGCGAAGUAA